CAACCGCCGAGGCGAUUCUCAUGGUGAUCCUGAUCCCGACCUCAUCCUAGGUUACUACUCCGGUGACCCUGGACCAGCAACGCCGGCGAUCAAUCCGAUUCCGGCGUCCAAGCCCCGCCCACCGACUCCCAGUCGGCGGCGGCCACCGCAUAUCGACGGUUAGCCGCUCCGGCGCCAUCGACCAACAAUUUUCCCUCUAGGGGACAGCGCCGCUUAGGAACCCUAGUUGUGGAAGUGCUCUUGUGCCCCGGCGAUCUCCCGGCGGUCACAUCUUUUGCCCCCGUGGUAUCUAUCUCGAAUUGCCAUGGCAGAUCUGGGCAAUAGCACACCACGGUCGGGAUCACAAAAUUCUGCGGAGGAAGAGGCCCAUGUCGCUAGCCUCCUGCAGAAGAUGAACCUGACGCAUGAUGAGGGCGCUUUUGCUGCCUUCAACGAUGAUGAGGAGGAAGCAGAUGACGUACGUGAAUGGGCCUUGAUCGGUAAGGUCCUGUCGCCAUCGACGCUCCACAUCACAACAAUCACGAACGCGAUGAGACCGGCCUGGGGCAAUCCCUUUGGGCUCACUCUACGAUCAAUUGGUGAGAAGGGUGAGAAUCUCUUUAUCGCCGAGUUUGGAUGUCAGGAGGACAAGUUUAAGGCCAUGAAUGGUUCUCCAUGGAUGGUGGGGAAACAUGCUGUCAUCCUGAGGGAGUACGAUGAAACUCUAAAACCCUCUGACAUAUGCUUCUCGCAUAUGGAGAUGUGGGUACAUAUCCUGAAUCUCCCACUUGGCUGGAUGAAUGAGAAACGUGGCACUCGUGCUGCAGAAUUAAUUGGUGAAGUGGUAAAGAUUGAUACAGGUGCAGAUGGUAAGAUCAGUGGCGAGUUUGUGCGAGCACGGGUUGCCAUAGACAUUGAGAAACCUCUACGCCGAGGGGUGCUCCUGAAGACUGAUCGUACCAAGCCACCUGACUGGUAUGAAAUCCAAUAUGAGAAGCUUCCUUUCUUCUGUUUCUCGUGUGGCCUUUUGGGACACACGCAUCUUGAAUGCCCCACCCUAGCACCAAGAAAUGUGCUGGGUAAACUCCCAUAUGAACUUAAGCUGCGUGCACCUGAUGAUCGGAGGAAAAAGCACCAGAGCUUUGGAGCUGCUGCAGCAGAUUCUUUUGGCAACUCUUCAGGCAGUGGACGUACCUCUACUACAAGGCAAAGCUCUAAUGCACACCCGCAGACACCUGAAGAAGGAAAAGGAAAGGGGAAGGCUGAUGAUGAGGAGGCCACUUCGCCGCUGAAGCAGAAAGGGAGGGCCUAUAGCAGGAAAGGAGCCAACCCAAAAAAAGUUUUCGCAGAGAAAAAACAAGCUGACAUUCUGGGACAGCGCAAGAGGAAGCCAGAGGAGAACGCAGUGUCAGAACUAAAAACUCCAGCAGCCUCCCCAAUUGUGGUGCCCUCAGGUUUGGUGAGUGACCGAAUUGCUCAGCUUGCCAAUGUAUCUGGUCAGGCUGAGAUUGAUUCAGAGAUGCAAAAGAAACAGAAAGUCUCAAACAACACAAAUGCAAGAUCGGCGGCGGCUGUGCUUGACAGCCCCCGCCGCGCACAAUGAAUACCUUAUGUUUGAACUGCCGGGGCUGUGGGAGGUCCGAGGCAGUUCGUGAUAUCCGCAAUAUUGUGGAUAUGCAUAAUCCCGUGGUGCUCUUCUUGUCGGAGACAAAGAUGAGCGCAAAUCGAUCGCAAGAUUUAAGAUGGCGAUUGGGUUUUCCUAAUGCUUUUGGUGUCAACUGUGAUGCUGGAUUAGGUGGUGGCCUCGUAGUGAUGUGGAAAAACGAGGUCAACAUGGAGUUAAAAACCUAUUCCAAAUAUCAUAUCGACAUGAGGGUAACGGAGAACGCUGGUGAUUCAAGGAGUUGGAGAUUCACGGGUUUCUAUGGGGACUCUAAGAGAUCCCAACGAAAAGAAUCAUGGAGAAUGCUUCGUUUUCUUCGGAAUGAAUCCGACCUGCCUUGGCUGUGUGCGGGUGAUUUCAACGAGAUCCUUCACGACCAGGAGCAGUUUGGAGGCAAUGACUGUGAAGAAUGGAAAAUGGAAGGUUUCAGGGAAGCAGUGUAGUACUGUGGAUUCACAGACUUGGGCUACUCUGGAACUCCUUUCACUUGGGACAAUAGAAGAGAAUGGGACCAGAAUAUCAAGGUCCGUUUAGACAGGGCCUUGGCUGAUGAGAGGAUGCUUGAUCUGUUUGGCGACUCGUCCGUAACCCAUGUGCAGAUGACUGAAAGUGACCAUUGUGCCAUUCUGAUUACACUCAAGAAGUCAGGUGUUUUCCAGGGCCAUCGGCGUGAACGGCCUUUUCGAUAUGAAAAUAUGUGGCGGCGACACCCCUCUUAUGAAGACACAGUCGCUGCAGCUUGGGGUGGAGGCUGCUUGUCCUUGUCAGAUGUGCAUGCAAAUCUUGGAGGGCUACAAAAUGCCCUACGCAGUUGGGAUAAAAAUCAGUUUGGGUCAGUGCGCAAUGAGCUGAAACGCCUGCGUAGGCAUUUGGAAACCUUGCGGAAAGAUUCGCUCAGAACUGGCCCAACUAGAGAGGAACGUGGUACGGCCCAGCGUAUUGCAGAACUACUUGCUCGUGAGGAACUGAUGGAAAAGCAA